AUGGACAGAAGACUCUACGCUGCUGUUACGGGCGGCGAUGUGGUUGCUCUCACUAAGUUGAUCAAUAAAAGACAUGAAGAAAUCCCGUCAGGAGGCAGUACACCCUUAAAAAUGGAUCGCUAUUACACCCCUCUUAGUAUUCUCCACGAGUUAACACCAGGAGGGAAUACAGCCCUUCAUUUGGCAGCAUAUUACGGCCAUCUACAAAUUGUUCAAAUGUUGCUCAAACUUUUCACCGACGAUAUGGAAUUGGGGAAUGAAGAAAGUGGUCAAUUUGUAUUAGCCCAAAAUUUACAAGGUAACACUGCUCUUCAUGAAGCAGUCAAAGGAGGACACUACCAAAUAGUUGAUGCUUUGUUACGCCAAAGUGCUGAAUUGAGUAGUAUUACGAAUAAAGCCGGUGAAACUGCUUUGUUCAAAGCUGCAGAGGAAGGUCAUGAGGAGAUUAUAUUGAAACUACUUCCUCUAAUGUCCUCUCAAUAUGACAGGAGAGCACACGAUGGCCACACACCUCUCCACGUUGCUGUCUCCCACGGCCACAAAGAUGUGGUUGAGAGUCUUUUAGAUCAAACGCCAGACCUUCUUAUGCAAGCUAAUAAUUUUGGCAGGACGCCACUGCACAGCCUUGCCUAUGUUAAAAAACCAUCAAAGAUUGCAAAACUACUUUUGGAGAAAGAUAUAACUUUGUGUUAUAAGGUGGAUAGAAAUCACCAGUCGGCUCUCCAUAUAGCAGUGAUAGAAGGGAAUGUGGAUUUAGUAAAAGAGAUAUUAACUUAUGGCCGAGACUGCUUAGAAAUUGUUGAUAACGACGGGAGAAAUGUUCUUCACUUGGCGGCUGAGAAGGCAGUUCAAAUAUUUGAAAAAAUUUCGAGGCACAUCAAAACUUUAAUGCUAUCAAUAAUCUCAAAGGAUCUCAUCAACGAUCUUGAUAAUCAUGGCAAAACGCCGUUAGACAUAGUGUUGGAGAAAAUGAGCCACGACCAACGCCUUUUCUCUGGUAUGGAAAGGCUGCUAAAAGCGAAUGGCGGAAGGAAGACUGCAAAGAUGGAGGACAAAGAAACAUUAGAGAGGCCAUUCGCUACUCGAAAAUUGGGGGAGAAAAAUCAAAUGAUUUCAAUAAAUGCUGUUUUGAUCGCCACAGUUGCUUUCCAAGCAGCAUUCACUCUGCCGCUAACAGGUCAACAUAAGAAAUGGUUCGUUGUGUUUAUGCUAUGUGACGCGUUGGCGUUCUGCAGUGCAAUAUCAACAGCAGUUGUUCUCAUUUAUGCCAUUUAUGACAAACAAGAAGACUCCCUCCUCGUGAAGACCUCUUUAAAAGGAUUGUGGAUAGCAUUGGUAGCGCUAGUCGCAGCAUUUGCUGUGGCCGUUAACAUCUACGUUGAAUCAGAGUAUAGAUGGGUGGCAGAGGUUGUGAGGGUGAUGGGGUUAGGCGUUCCCAUAGCCAUAUUAGUUAUGAUUCUUCGUUCCAAAAAUUACAUCUUCAGCGAGGACGAGAGAUAUGUCCGAGCCUCCGUUAUAGGUGCCCUCCUCUCAAUGUUAGUUUUGAUUCCCUUUAAUGGUCAACUAAUGUCAGCAAUCUGGGCUACGUUAGCCGUUGUCGUGUUCUUCUUGGCAGUAAUUUUCUCUACCAAAACUUUGGAGCCCAUCUCCAAACAUAAUGGCCUCUGGGUUAAUAUUUUCUACUCCUUUUGGGGUAGAAUUUUGUGCAUAGUUACAUCCCUUGGGAUAGUUGUAUUAAUGUGGAUGCUUUGGAAAAUUGAAUGA